AUGCACGGCCUGCUGCUCUGCGGGGGCUGGCUGCUGGCCACUGGCUACCUGGCAGGUGCCAUGGGCAGCUGCCAGCACCGGUGCUGCCCAGGCAGGAACAAUGCGUGCUGGGCCCCAGCCGCCCGCCGGGCUCACUGCUACUGCGACUCGUAUUGUGAGAGGACGGGCGACUGCUGCGAGGACUACCAUGCCGUGUGCCGCCGUGCCGCGGUGGGCUGCGUGGUGGGGCCCUGGGGGCCGUGGAGCGGGUGUAGCUCCCCAUGCGGGGUCGGCAGCAAGACCCGCAGCCGCCAGGUCACCGUCCCACCCCGGCACGGAGGGGAGCCCUGUCCUGACCUCAAGCAGCGCCGGGGCUGCUUGGGGGAGCACCCGACCUGUGGGACGGCCAAAGAAGUGGCCAAGAUAUUACCUGACUCCUUCAGCCGGGACUUCAGGGAUUCCUGGUGGAGAGCCAGGCUGCUGCUGUCGGAGGAGCCGUCCGGCUCCCCCCUUCCCAGCUACUGCGGCUAUUUCCGCCUGACGCAGGUAGGGCCCCCCUGCCGCGGGCAGGCCUGGAGCCGCCGGCUGCACCGGGACAAGCGGGUGUGUGUUGAGUGCCGGGGGGACGUGUCCCACCGCCGUCCCCAUUGCACCGGACAUGGGCUGCAAGGAGCGAGGACAUUCUGGGUGGCUGCUUCCGUGGCGGGGUGCCAGGGCUCAUGGGUGCAGGAGGGGCUGCAGGAGGGUUGUGUCUGCUCCCCACCAGCUCUCAUCUUUGUGUAG